AUGUGGCUGAAAAAGCUAGAGACGGAUUUCCAAUGGACGGAUGAUGAUGCAAUCUGUGCCAAUAGCAUGUCCAACUCUCUCAGUGGUAUCAGGACACUGCGGGGGCAGCAGUCACACAGAAUGAGACUACCAAGUAAGUCCAGACAGCCAACAUGCAGGGUCUACAAAGAUGCCACUGUUCAGACAGAUAGAUAUAACUGGCUCGAAUGGCUUCGGUUUAACUCAGUUCCCAUGAGCGCAUUCUUGACAUCAGUCAGUUAUGAGCAGCACAAAUUGAUGGUGACAUGCACUCUCGAAGAAAAGGCAUAUGAUGAAUCACCUAUCGAUAUCAGGUUUCCAACUCUGGGCAAGGCAGCCAAGUCCAUUGACAUCAUAAGAGUAUACAGGUCAGGGGUGACAGAUGAAAUCGAAGUCAUUUUUGGGCUUCACUCUACAUGUACAAUGAACUUCAUAACACAUGCAAGGGCAUACUCGUCAUAUUCUAGAGCGAUGCUGGAAUAUCAUGUUUCUGCCCUGCACUUCACAAUAUGCACCCAUGAGGCAGAAGCUCAAGUAAAAUACAGACAGCGAGGCUGGAUGCCCAUUAUCCCUAAACUAGACUUCCCUGAAGUCAACUGUUUCAUUGGUGACCAUUACACACUGCAUUGGUCGUUAGUCAAAGACAGAUCCAUGAUGAUGUUAGGAUGGCCAGUCCAAGAGGAUGACAAUACCAAGCUCAACAUGCAUUCAUGGAUGCUAAAGUAUGUGGAACUGAGAUGGAAGGGCACAGUCAUAAGCUUUGUGGUGCUGAAGGGGAGAAAGAUGGUCAAGUCAUAUUGUUUAUCUGAUGGUAUGCUGGCAAAGAUUGCACUGGACAUGGGUACUUGGUAG